AUGCCGCUGUGGAGAACAAAGUCGCAUCACAGCCAAGCGGAGAGCGAUUCCGCCUCCGUUCAGAACAAAGCCGACACCACCCCUGCCGAUCCCAAGAACGAUCCCGUUGCGUCGGCAUCCCAGGCUGCGAGUGAUGCCUGGCUCGUGGGGCAUUUGAACCAUCUGACAGAGGAGCAGGAGGCGAAGUUAACAGAGUUUAAGGCUUUUUGUGAGAAGGAGGGCUACUAUAAGCCUGGAGGUGAGGGGGAGAAGCCAAGCCAUGAUGAUGCGACGAUGCUGCGAUUUCUCCGCGCACGCAGAUUUGACGUGAAUGGGGCUUGGGGCCAGUUCAAGGAUACGGAAGAUUGGCGGAAAGAGAAUGCUAUCGAGGCUUUAUACGAGAAUAUUGAUGUGGACUCUUACGAGGCUGCUAGGAGGAUGUAUCCGCAAUGGACUGGCCGUCGAGACCGCCGGGGUAUUCCGGUGUACGUGUUUGAGAUCAAGCAUUUGAAUAGCAAGAACAUGGCCGCUUACAAUGCGACUAUGGCCGAUCCAGAGGCCACGGCGGAAACACACAAGUCUUCCGCAGUCCCGCAGCGGCUCCUGCGGCUGUUCGCUCUUUAUGAGAACCUCCUCAACUUUGUCAUGCCGCUCUGCUCAGAACUACCCCGUCCGCAUCCUGAGACUCCUAUCGUGAGCUCGAACAAUAUCGUGGAUGUCAGUGGUGUUGGAUUGAAGCAGUUUUGGAAUCUCAAGGGCCACAUGCAGGAUGCCAGUGUCCUCGCUACUGCCCAUUAUCCCGAGACUCUAGACCGCAUAUUUAUCAUCGGUGCUCCCGCCUUCUUCCCAACCGUUUGGGGCUGGAUCAAGCGUUGGUUCGACCCUGUCACCACCUCCAAAAUUUUCAUCCUCUCUGCCUCAGAAGUCCUUCCAACUCUUACAUCAUUCAUGGAGCCCUCUAGCAUACCCAAGCAAUACGGUGGUGAACUCGAUUGGCAAUGGGGUGACAUGCCCAAUCUCGACGAGCCAGCUCGCGAGCUGAUCGGGGCCCUCGAGACGGCACCGGCAGAUGGCCAAACCAAGCCUGGCUUCAUCAAAGGCCCAGUUCUCUUCAAGGGUGACAAAGUCGAGGUCCUCGGUAAGGAAAAUGGGAAGAGCAGAGCAACCACUGUUCCUGUGCCUGAGUCCAAGCUUGCGCAGACAAACGGCGUCUCGGCGACAAACCAGUCAGAAAAAGAACAAGAACUACAGCCCGCUGCAGAAAAGGAACAGGAGGUUUCCGAGAAGGUUUUCGGAAAUGAUACCGCAGCGAAGACUAAUGGCGACGUCGCUCCUCCCACCCAGCUUUCUGCUUGA